AUGUUGUUCCUUCUCUUGUCUUUCGUGGCGUUGGUAGCUGGGCAGGGGUCCAAGCAUCCCGUUGUAUUGUUGUCAUAUGCCAAGUAUAACGGAUACUACAACGCGUCAACAGGACUCAACUAUUUCCGUAGCAUUCCAUAUGCACUACCACCAGUCAAUAAACGCCGUUGGCACAAGCCCCAGCCAAUUGAGCUUGAUACGAGCAUCAGGGGACGCACCUUUCCAGCUACCAAAGUUGGUCCUGCCUGCUAUCAAAGCUCGCCUAAAUUUCUAAAUGGAGGACUUGAUCUCGGUACCAUUGAACAGUCUGAAGACUGUUUAAUCCUUGAUGUCAUUGUUCCAGCGGAACCAGUUUCCACCGCGCUGCCUGUCCUGGUGCAGAUUCAUGGAGGUGGCUACGCACUUGGAUCUGCUCAAUCAAUUCCAGGAGAUGACUUGGUACAGAAAUCUCAAGGCAAGAUUAUUUACGUUUCAAUUCAAUACCGACUCGGCAUGUUUGGAUUUCUGGCCGGCAGUCAGAUUGAAGCAAACGGCGUUGCAAAUGCCGGCUUAUACGAUCAGCGAGAAGCCUUGGAAUGGAUUCAACGAAACAUUGCUCACUUCGGUGGCGAUCCUUCCAAGGUCACAAUCUGGGGAGGUUCUGCGGGCGGCGGCAGCGUUACAUACCAAUUGAUUGCGGGAGGCGCUUUUGAUAGUCCUCCAUUCAGCGGAGCCAUCGCCGAGUAUCCUUGGUGGCAGCCGCUUAUGAAUUCAAGCUCACGGCAGUUACAAUAUGAGUCUAUCUUGGGACUUACAAACUGUACCACCCUCGAUUGCUUACGGUCACUUCCUUCGGCACAGCUGCAGCAGGCAAAUUCCAAUUCCAUGAACACAACCUACCCUAGCCCAGGAUAUGGGUAUGGUGUGUUUAAUUAUGGACCGGUUGUUGAUGGAAGAUUUAUUAGAAAGCUGCCAGAUCUGGAGUUUAAGCAGGGCAACUUUUACUCUGUCCCUACCAUCGUGGACCACGAUGCCUACGAGGGCGUGAUGUUCACGAAUAGCAGCCAGACAAGCCAGAUUGGCGAAACAAAAGAUGCACAAUAUCUGUUUCCGAAUGCUGGCCCUUCUUUCUUUAGCCGCCUUUACCAGAUAUACCCGGCUUCCAAGUUCAAUUCAACUUUUUUCCGACGCCAGACUUGGUUUGGCGAUUUCAUCAUUAACUGUCCAACAUAUUAUAUGGCAUCAGCAAUGAGUGAUCACAACUAUAAUUCUUCUGCUGUCUUCAAGCUUAUAUUCGCAGCUGGAAGUCAAUUGCACGGUGCAACAGCUGCGUUUCUCACACCAACGACUGGUGCCUUGGGCCAGGGGAAUAACCAAACCAUCACAGACGUCAUGUCCAGGUACUGGAUUAGUUUCGUGGUCACGGGUGACCCAAAUCCUCUGCGUUCUCGGCAUGCCCCAUUUUGGCCAUCGUAUGGAAGCAGCGGCGCAGGUAACAAGUCAGAGGGAGAGAGCGUGGGCUUCGAUGUCCUCUCCAUCACAUAUAAAACCAUUGGCGCAGAAAAGGACCCUGAUGCUGGGCCGCAGUGUGAUUUUUUUAGUUCCCGGGGGCAUCAACUUUCAAACUAG